AUGCAUCCUCUUUCACUCCCAAGCAAGACCAGCGGCGAUGGGUUUGCAUCUCAUGAUGCUUUGGAGCCAAUCGCCAUCGUGGGUCUAGCAACCCGCUUCCCUCAACAAGCCACGAGCACAGAGAAGCUUUGGGAAACACUCUUGCAAGCCAGGUCAACCUGGUCUGCCAUGCCGAAAGAAAGGUUCAACCCGGACGCUUUCUAUCAUCCAGACCGCGAGCACGGGGGAACAUUCACUGCCACGGGAGGGCAUUAUCUCUCGGAAGACACCGCACUUUUCGACAGCUCAUUUUUCAAUAUAACCAACAAAGAGCUCAGUUCAAUGGAUCCGCAACAGCGGCUUGUGUUGGAGAAUGUCUACCACGCAUUGGAAAAUGCAGGAAUGCCAAUGGCCAAUGCAGUAGGGUCCAAUACCUCCGUUUAUGUCACCGGUUUCAAUCACGAUUACCUGAGGAUUCUCGAUUCAGACCCGGAGGUCGCGCUCAGAUAUAAACCCACCGGUACAACCAACUCAAUCUUGUCGAAUCGAGUGAGCUGGUUUUUCGACUUCAAAGGUCCCAGCAUGACGGUUGAUACCGCGUGCUCCAGUAGUUUGGUGGCCUUGCACUUGGCUGUACAGAGUCUCCGAUCCCGAGAAUCGAAUAUGGCUAUCGUAAGCGGUGUCAGCAUUCUCGAAAGCCCCAACGAGUUCAUAGGAAUGAGUUACACCGGUCUCUUAGGACCCCAAGGCCGAUCCUUUAGCUUCGAUUCCCGCGCUGAAGGAUACGCCCGUGGAGAGGGCGUGGGCACAGUUGUGGUGAAGCCUUUGCACGCCGCUAUCAGAGACGGAGAUACCAUUCGUGCAGUCAUUCGCGAGACCGGAGUCAACCAAGAUGGCCGGACCCCUGGAAUUACCGUCCCCAGUGGAGAUGCCCAGGAAAGAUUGAUUCGUGAAGUAUACUGGAGAGCCGGACUAGACCUUGAGCACACUCGAUUUGUGGAAGCCCAUGGCACAGGAACACGCAAAGGCGACCCAAUUGAGGCCGGAGCCCUAGCGAGGGCAUUCAAUUGUCGAAGAGAUACCCCGCUAUAUGUUGGUGCUAUCAAAUCCACCAUUGGUCAUUUGGAGGGUGGAUCCGGUGUGGCAAGUCUCAUCAAGUCAAUCAUGGUCCUUGAGUCCGGUAUCAUCCCGCCGAAUUAUGACAUGCAGUCUGUCAACCCUUCCAUCCCUGCAAAGGAGUGGAACCUCGCUUUCCCUACAGAAAACCUCCCGUGGCCGUCGUCGGGCUUGCGAAGGGUUUCAGUCAAUUCUUUUGGAAUCGGAGGCACCAACUCUCACUGCAUUCUUGAUGACGCCCAUCACUACCUGCGUGAGCGCCAAAUCAAAGGCAAUCAUCGCACUGUGGCUACAGCCCCAACGACCCAAGAGAUCGAAAACCUCAUUCUCGGAGGAAAGAAAAGUCAAGGCAUAACCUCCUGUAUUCGGGCUACAUCUGAGGAUGGCGAUGCCUCUGGAGGCGAAGACCUUUUCGUCGAUACUCCCAUCAGUGAGGGGGGCCGCGAGUCACCACAGUUUAGUAUGUCAACGGCCACUGAGUGGAUAGAUCAUCCCAAGCUUUUUUUGCUCUCUGCCUUUGACGAAGAAGGUGUUACGAGAAACGCAGCGGCACUUGCAAGUUACCUUGAUAAUCGGAUCAAUGAGACAACUACCGAUGAUCAUUUUCUCAAUGAUCUCUCAUUUACGUUGUCUAAGAAAAGAUCUGUGUUUCCCUGGAAAAGUUUUGUCUUGGCCUCCUCUGUCAGAGAGCUUUCAUGGAAUCUGUCAGAGCUCAACUUCAUCAAGCCCUCGAGAACUGCCACAUCCGAGCUGCACUUUGUGUUCACUGGCCAAGGAGCCCAGUACCAAUUGAUGGGCCGAGAACUCAUGACUUAUGCCGUCUUCCAAGAGUCGGUGGAAGAUGCAUCUGACUACAUUCGUCGACUGGGCAGUCCAUGGUCAUUACUCGAUGAGUUGUUGACAGAAAGGGACUCACCACGGGUUCACCUACCCGAGAUAGCUCAACCCCUAUGCACGGUCUUGCAGAUCGCACUUUUGGAUUUAUUGGCUAGCUGGAAUAUCUUCCCAGCACGUGUGACUGGACAUUCUGCUGGUGAGAUCGCUGCUGCUUACUGUGCAGGCAAAAUCUCACGCGAAGCUGCCUGGAAAGCAGCAUACUACCGCGGUUACGUGUCGUCUAAGCUGCUCUCUGCAAAUGGCACAAUGAUGGCUGUGGGACUGAGCGCAUCUGAGCUUGAGGGCUACAUAGCGCAAGUCCGAAGCACAAGUCCUGGUGAGCUUCUCGUUGCUUGUCACAACAGCCCAAAGAACAAUACGGUCUCUGGCGACGAAGCCAUGGUCGAUAGCCUCAAGAGUCUGCUUGAUGCCGAUGGGGUCUUCGUCCGGAAGCUUCAGGUUCAGAAUGCGUAUCAUUCAGCUCACAUGAAGACGGUCGCUGGUGAGUACCUCAGUCUCAUGGGUAUACUUCCUCAUGGGAAACGACUCGUGGCUCCCCACAAAGUUUCCAUGUUCUCAAGUGUGACUGGAGAAGUGAUCAAAGAGGAACGCCUGGACUCUCAAUACUGGGUUGAUAACAUGAUCUCACCAGUUCGGUUUUCAAGUGGAUUGCAGUCAAUGGUUUUCGAAACAGACUCGGGCUCUGGUCAGACUGACUCGGAUCGCCUGUGCCUCAUUGUGGAGAUUGGCCCUCAUUCAACCCUGCAAAGUGCAAUCAAGGAAACGUUGGCCGCAAGAGAUGCUGAAUUGAACUUCAAGUAUCUCUCAGUUCUGAAGCGUACAGAACGCAGCCUCAGCACUCUGCUCACUACAGCUGGAACUUUAGCCUCAAGUGGCCUGGCCGUGGAUUUCCACCGCGUGAAUCGAGCCAUUGAGUCUGGCAAGGUGAGACGAUCGAAGCUUUUGGUGGAUCUCCCAUCGUACAGAUUUAAGCAAAACGAGGAAGUCCUGUUUGAAGGGCGCUUGACCAAGAACCUUCGCGCUCGCAAAUACCCCCGCCACGAUUUGUUUGGUGCACCAGCCACAGACUGGAACUCUAUUGCUCCAAGAUGGAGACACUUCUUCAGGUUACACGAGAACCCUUGGCUUCGAGACCAUAUGGUGACCGGAAACUGCAUUUACCCAGGUGUCGGCUACCUGAUCAUGGCGAUUGAAGCAUCUAAGCAACUGGCUGGGGAUGUGAAGAUUACAGGAUUUGAGCUACGUCGAGUCCAUAUCAAAAGGGCCAUGAUCAUACCAGACAGUAAGGAGGGUGUUGAGGUGUCGCUGUCAAUGGCAGUCGUGGAGGACCCUGAUUCUGGAUCGAGAACAUGGCGCCGCUUCCAUAUCACUUCUUACAAUGCUUCAAGCGAGGAGUGGACAGAACACUGCACUGGCCUCAUCACAGUCAACCACGAAACAUCCCCGGAUUUGGUCGACAAUGGUCGUGCAGCGGAAGAAGAAAAUCGACAGUGGAAAGCCGACUUUGCUGAUGCAAAGGAGGCUUGCAAUCAACCCAUCAAUUUCAAAGCCAGUUACAACAACCUCGAAACAUCUGGUCUCAACUUCGGUACUCUGUUCCGCAAUCUUGACGAAGUCCGAGGAAGCGGCAGAGGUAUUGGAAAAAUCAUUGGGGCCGUGACUGUACCCAAUACCAAGGAUUCCAUGCCCAAGCAAUACAUGCAUUCCCACCUGAUCCACCCUGCCACAAUGGAUAGCAUGAUUCACAUGAUGAUCGCAGCCCUUCAAGACCUUACCGGGCGGUCCUCACUAGACCAGGUUCGACUUCCCACCUUCAUUCGCAAUGCCUGGAUUUCCGCAGAUUUGAAUGCAGCAACUUCACACAAGUUCACUGGGCAUGCAUCUGUGGGAGAAACCCAAUCUGACAAGCUUGAGGGCCAAAUUUACAUGCUGGAUGAAGGCUCAAAUGCUCCAUGUGUUCGUAUGAAUGGCAUCGAGCUCACUCCUUUGGAGUCGGGCGUUGCCGAGAACAAUGAGCGGAAGCUAUGCAGUGCAAUUCAGUACAAACCUGACAUCCACUUCCUUGAAUCCCACGCUGCAUGUGAGAUGACUCCACUUGCCAACACCGACGAGGCCUAUGACCUACAUUGGGUCAAACGACUUCAACUGGCAACUAUGAUCUACGUGACGGAUGCACUGGAUGAAUGCAAAACCAUUGACGUCAAAGGUCUUGACUCACACCUGCAACGUUAUCUUGACUGGAUGAAGCACUUCAAAGAAAAGCUCAUUCAAAAUGAGAUUAUCCAUCUGCCUUGCAUCGAGUUCCAGAAGGCCAUUCGAGAUGAGACUUUGAAAGAAACCAUCAGUCAGGAGCUUGAAGCACACAACGCUGAAUGUGCCAUCACUGUCAGAAUGGGUCAAAAUAUCUCACGGGUGUUGAAGGGGGAAGCAAAUCCCCUGGAUCUCAUGUUUGGACAGGACUCCGUUAUGGAGCAAGUUUACAGGGAGGGCCUUGAGAUUUUCAACCUCCCUCAACAUCUACGAAACCAUUUGUCUCUCAUUCGUCAUCAACGUUCCGAGCUCAAGAUUCUCGAGAUUGGCGGCGGCACUGGCAGCUUGACUGCCGAGGUACUGGGCAUUCUGUCUCCAGAUCCAACCAAGAGCAAAGGAAACAUCUCCAGUUAUACAUUCACCGACAUUUCAUCUGGCUUCUUUGAUAAGGCAAAAGAACGUUUCCAGUCGUGGUCCGACAUAUUCAAGUUCCAAGCAUUCAACAUAGAGCACAAUCCUGUUGAGCAAGGACUCGAGGCAGGAACGUACGACCUGAUCGUUGCCGGGAAUGUGAUCCACGCCACGAAGGAUUUACACGACGCAUUGAAAAACUUGAGAUCGUUGUUGAAGCCUGGUGGUCAGCUCAUUAUGCAGGAAGGCAUUCGGCAGGACUUCCUCUGGUAUCCUCUUGUUUUCGGUCAGCUCCCUGGAUGGUGGCUCGGUGAUGAGCCCUGUCGUCAGUGGUGUCCAUACAUUCAGACUGAGGAGUGGAAUGGGUAUCUUAUUGAAGCCGGGUUCUCGGGUGUCGACAUUGAGUACCCCAGCUCGAAUAACCCGGACCUGACAUGGCAGAGCAUCUUGGUAUCGUCAAACCCUUCAGCUACUCAAGAUCUUUCGACAACAAGCGCUUUGAUUCUUACGACACUUGAUUCCAGCGCCGAGAUUCUGUCCCUGCAACAAAGCCUGAAGAAGAUUGGCUACAGUCGUGUUGAGGCUGUUCAUCCCUCAAAGUUGGCUGGGCGCACAUUAGAAAAUGUGCAUUGUGUUUCGACCAUCGACCUUGAAUGUCAAUAUCUCACUGAAAUGAACGAGGCUCAGUUCCAUGACCUCAGAAGGCUUCUGACUGAAAUUGAGAAUUUGCUCUGGAUCACCACACAGUCUGAAAUCAACCCACAUUCUAGCAUGAUUAUGGGUCUCCUUCGCACAGUGCGUUGGGAGCGAGACUCGGACGACUCCAACAUUAUCACUUUGACAGUGCCACAACAGGAGUUUUACGGAUCGAACCAAGCACGGCUUUUGGGUGACAUCAGCAAAAUCAUCAAGCAUCAGUUCUGGAACAACUCGAAGCUUGAUCGCCAUGCAGAAUAUCUUCUGCAAAAUGGCAUCAUCCACAUUGGCCGUUUGGACGAAUGGUCUGCUGGUGACCAAUUUCUUGGUACAAGAUCUUCGAAGCUAUAUCCUAAGACUCAACGGCUCGAUAAGAUUGACUAUCCAAUCGAGUCACAGAGAGCUGUCAGCGGUGACAGUGAAAUCUAUUGGAUUGCAGACCUCCAGCAUGAGAACAUGCUGGCAGACGAUGAGGUCGAAAUUGAAGUUCGUGCAGUGGGCCUCAGCUCUAAUGCCUCUGGCUACCUGUCGACUGAGGCUGCUGGAGUUGUAACCCAAAUUGGGUCAAAGGUUGAGAGUAUACUCCCUGGUGAUAGGGUUGCUUACAUCUCUCCGCUGUCGAAGGGUGGUCGUUGUCGAACACAUGAACGAGUCACUCAAUCACUGAUCACUCAAAUCCCGAGUGACAUGUCCUUUGAGAUUGCGGCUCAGCUAGCGUCGGUAUAUGCUACGUCUGUUCAUGGUAUUCUCAAUUGUGCUGCGUUGACUGCCGAUGAUACAAUUUUGAUUCACAAUGGUGCACUGGCCGUCAGUCAAGCGGCAAUUCAGUGUGCCCAAAUGUCUGGAGCAACCAUUCUCACUACUGUGGGGACCAUUGAGGAUCGAAAUUUGCUGGUCUCCGAGUACAACAUUCCUGUGGACCACAUCUUCUCAAACAAGGAUCUUGCAUUCGCUAAAAGUGUCAUGCGUUGCACAAAUGGCAGCGGAGUUGAUGCUGUCUUCAACACUAUGACCGGUGAAGCUCUUCGGGAGACACUAUCAUGCCUUGCGCCACAUGGUACAUUCGUUGACGUCGCACAAAACGAGGUACGAGUUGAUACUACCACCGAGCUGGCUUCUCUGUCUCAGAACGUGAGCAUCCACAAGGUCAACAUGCUCUCAAUGGCCGAUACAAGACCGAAGACGGCUCGCAGCCGACUCCAUGAAUCAUUUGGCCUGUACAAGGACAGGAAGAUUGGUCAGAUAAGAAAAUCUGUGGUUUUGAGUUUUGCACAGAUUCAAGAAGGGAUUCAAGGAGUCCAAAGUGGAAUAUAUGCGAAGGUUGUCUUCAUUCCGAGUCCCGCAGACGUGAUCUCGGUGGCCCCGAAGCCAAUCACAGCAUACCAAUUUGACUCUGACGCUACGUACGUUCUUGCUGGCGGAUAUGGCGGUUUGGGUCGCAAUUUGGCCAGAUGGAUGGCCACUCGUGGCGCGAGGAAUCUACUCAUGCUGUCGCGCUCUUCGGCAUCAAGCGCCGAGAAACGGGAAACAGUCAUCGAUCUUGAGAAGAUUGGAUGCAAAGUCAUUGACCUUGUCUGUGAUAUCUCAGACCUUUCUACCUUGAGCGCACUAUCGGAUGGCCACCUUACACAUCUGCCUCCCAUCAAAGGGUGCAUCCAAGCCUCUAUGGUCCUGAGAGAUGGUGCCUUUGCUGGAAUGUCUUUCGAAGAUUGGAAAGUAGCCACAAAGCCCAAGGUUCAGGGCUCUUGGAACUUGCAUAAAGUUCUACCAGAUGACAUGGACUUCUUCGUUAUGCUCUCUUCCGUGGCCGGGAUUUUGGGCAACCGCGGCCAAGCAAACUACGCAGCUGGGAAUACCUUCCAGGAUGCACUGGUUGCCUACCGAUUGUCCCAAGGAAUGAACGCAUCAAGUAUCAACCUCGGUAGUGUAUCCAACAUCGGAUGGGUAGCGGAGAACAGGAACUCAAUGCGCACACACACAGCCACGCUGUUCGAGAUGCUCCGCGAAGAGGAGGUGCAGGCCGCCGUGGAGUUCCUGAUUGACCCUCGACUCAAAGAUCGAGAUAAUGUCAACCCAUGCUCUCAGCUCGUUCUCGGUCUUCCAACGGCAGAGAUGUGUCGCCAGAACGGCGUUCCGGCUCCCACGUACUUGGAGUAUUCGAUGUUUACGCACCUCCGCGGCACUGCUAUGACCAAGAAUAGUGGGGCUCUCGAGCAGAAAUCUGUCAGCACGAGUAGUCUUUUGGCAGCGGCCUCUGGAUUCGAGGCUGCCGUUACAGUUGCAACAAAUGGGUUGGUCGAAAAGCUUUCUUCCCUGCUCGCCACCCCUGCUUCUGAGAUUGAUGCUCAUCGCUUUGGUUUUGGGGGUAUUGAUUCUCUGGUUGCAAUGGAGUUCAGGUACUGGAUUGUCAAAGAGUUGAAGGCCGAUGUGUCCUUGUUGGAUAUCAUUGGCUCUGAGAAUAUCAAGACUCUCGGCGUGAAAAUUACCGAGAGAAGCCGUUUGGUUGGAGGCACUACAUAA